AACUAGUCCGGUGCAGGACCGGUGGCUUUCGCAGCCCAGCUGGUUCCGGCUGCGAAAGAUGGCGGCAGCUGGGGUGGUGUCCCGGGAGCCGCUGGUUCACUGGUGUACCCAGCAGUUGCGGAAAACGUUUGCCUUGGAUGUCAGCGAAGAGAUCAUACAGUAUGUUUUGUCAAUUGAGAAUGCUGAAGAGAUACGAGAAUAUGUGACAGACCUCCUCCAGGGAAAUGAGGGCAAAAAAGGUCAAUUCAUAGAAGAUCUUAUAACCAAAUGGCAAAAGAAUGAUCAGGAGUUGAUUUCUGAUCCUUUGCAGCAAUGCAGGAAAAAAGAUGAAAUUUUAGAUGGGAGAUCACUAGACCAGCUGAAGCGAAGUAGGAGGAAAGGAAGAAACAAACAGGAAGUUCCUGCAUUUCCUGAACCUGACAGGACUGUAGAGGUCAAAACACCUUUAGAUUUGGCCAAGGCACAAGAAAGCACCAACUCAGUGAAGAAGAAGACGAAAUUUGUCAACUUGUAUACCAGAGAGGGGCAGGAUAAGCUUGCAGUCCUACUUCCUGGGCGCCACCCUUGUGAUUGCCUUGGCCAGAAGCACAAGCUCAUCAAUAACUGUCUGAUCUGUGGUCGGAUUGUCUGUGAACAAGAGGGUUCUGGUCCCUGCUUAUUCUGUGGCUCUUUGGUAUGUACUCAUGAAGAAUGGGAUAUUUUACAGCGUGACUCAAACAAAAGCCAGAAACUUCUAAAGAAGUUGAUGUCAGGGGCGGAGAAUUCUGGAAAGGUGGACAUCUAUACUAAGGACCUUCUUCCUCAUCAAGAAUCUCGAAUUAAGUCUGGUUUGGAGAAGGCUAUCAAGCAUAAAGACAAACUGUUAGAAUUUGACAGAACUAGCAUUCGGAGGACCCAAGUCAUUGAUGAUGAGUCAGAUUACUUUGCUAGUGAUUCUAACCAGUGGCUGUCCAAAGUUGAGCGGGAAACUCUGCAGAAACGAGAAGAGGAACUGAGAGAACUUCGACAUGCCUCUCGACUUUCUAAGAAAGUCACCAUUGAUUUUGCAGGCCGGAAGAUCCUGGAAGACCAAAACCCACUGGCAGAGUAUCACAGCAGGCUAGAUGAGACAAUACAGGCCAUUGCCAAUGGAACCUUGAACCAACCACUGAAAAAAUUGGAUAGAUCUUCUGAAGAGCCUUUGAGAGUUCUGGUAAACCCCAACAUAUACCAAUACCAGUCCCCUCCCCAGUGGGUUGACCACACAGGUACAGUCUCACAGAAGAGGACUUCAAAUUCAGCAGGAUUGGGACUAGAAUUCAGUUUAUAUCAGCACCAGCUGCGAAUCCAGGAUCAAGAAUUCCAGGAAGGUUUUGAUGGUGGCUGGUGCCUCUCUAUGCAUCAGCCUUGGGCUUCUUUUCUUGUCCGAGGGAUUAAAAGGGUGGAGGGCAGAUCCUGGUAUACUCCUCACAGAGGACGGCUUUGGAUAGCAGCCACAGGCAAGAAACCUUCCCCUCAAGAAGUCUCAGAACUCCAGGCUACCUACCGUCUUCUUCGUGGGAAAGAUGUGGAAUUUCCAAACGACUAUCCAUCAGGUUGUCUUCUAGGCUGUGUGGACUUGAUUGAUUGCUUGUCCCAGAAGCAAUUUCAGGAGCAGUUUCCAGACAUCAGUCAAGAAUCUGAUUCCCCAUUUGUUUUCAUCUGCAAAAAUCCCCAGGAAAUGGUUGUGAAGUUUCCUAUUAAAGGAAAUCCAAAAAUCUGGAAACUGGAUUCCAAGAUCCAUCAAGGAGCAAAGAAGGGGUUAAUGAAGCAGAAUAAAACUGUCUGACCUAGGAAAAAAGGAACUAUACAACAUAGUGGAGUCUUGUGUACUAAAAUUGCUAUCCACUGGUCCUUUGGAAUUGAAGCAAAAGAAAUCUAAAGACUUGGCACCAGGCUUGAAUCUCUCAGAAUUUAAACUCUUACCAAAUCUGUAUAUUUUUCUUAAAGGAUGGGAUUCUUCAUGGGAUUCUGUAAAAUCUUUGAAGAUAUUAUGUAUAAAAAAAUUUUUUUAAUUCUA